GCCUCACUCACUCAUACUUCGAUUCAUCAUGCCUGCUGAAGAGGAGCAGAAGCUGGCAUCCGCCAAACGCCCCAUAUCCGCCGUGGAUGGCGGCGAUCAGGAUGGUGACGACUCGUCAUCCGAUGAUGAUUUCGGUCCAGCUCUUCCCUCCGCAGAUGCCCCGAAGAAGAAACGCCGCAAGCUCCCUUUCGAGAAAGUCUACGUGAAUGCGCUGCCCUCGUCGCCGCGGUACUCCAAGUCGCUCAUGCACAAGGAUCAAUUGUCCUUCCUCACCGUAACUCCGCAUACUGAUUUCCUGAUCACCUCCUCGAUUGAUGGCGUCGUCAAAUUCUGGAAGAAAAUGGCGGUUGGCGUGGAGUUUGUGAAGGAGUUUAAGGCGCAUUCAACCGAGAUCAAGCAUGUCAGCGUCAGUGCCGACGGAAGGAGCUUUGCGACGACCGGAGCAGACAAGACUGUCAAGAUCUUUGACGUUAUAACUUUCGAUCUAUUGGCUAUGCUUACUCUCGACUUCAACCCGCGUUGCGUCUGCUGGGUUCAUCGCCGUGGCGCCUCAUUGCCGCUCCUGGCAGUGACCGACGAAGGAAGCAGCAUGAUCCAAGUGUUCGAUGGCCGUGGCGAGAACCCCACCCCAUUACAUACCGUCAAGUCCAUCCAUCGCAGCCCCGUGGUCGCUAUGGCUUUCAACGACGCGUACGACUGCGUCAUCUCCGCCGAUGAGUCCGGUAUGAUCGAGUACUGGCGGGCGGGCGACGGCUCGUUCGAGAAACCCGACAACGUCUUCGAGCUGAAAUCAUCCACCAACCUCUUCGAGUUCAAGAAGUCCAAAUCCACCCCUGCUUCGCUGUCCAUCUCCCCCUCCGGCGAGCAAUUCGCGACGAUCUCCUUCCCCGACCGCCAAAUCCGCGUCUUCGACUUUGCUUCCGGCAAGCUCUACCGCAAGUACGACGAAUCCCUCACCACCAUCAUGGAGAUGCAGCAGGCUGGGACGGCGCUCUACCAGCUCGAAGAGGUAGAGUUCGGCCGGCGACUGGCGGUGGAGCGCGAGCUGGAGAACCCCAUCACCAAGCCCAAGGUCAACGUCCUCUUCGACGAGUCGGGCCACUUCAUCCUGUACGGCUCCCUGCACGGCGUCAAGUGCAUCAACACGUACACCAACCGGGUGGUGCGCGUCUACGCGAAGGACGAGCCCUUCCGGGCCCUCAACCUCGCCAUGUACCAAGGGCAGCCGCAGAAGAAGGGGGUGGUGACCGUCUCGAUGGCCGCCAGCGCCAACCCGCUCCUCCAAGAAUCGGAAGAACGCGACCCGAUCCUCGUCAGCACGGGCUACGGCAAACUCCGCUUCUACCUCUUCACCAACGAGACGGACGUCUCCAAGUCGACGCGCGACGUCCAGAACGAACGCCUCCGCGAAACCGGCGCCGGCGGCCGCGAGGCCACCGCCGCCCACAAAGCCGAGUUGGGCACGUCAGCGAUCCUGCACACCACGAUGGGCGACAUCCACCUGCGGCUGUACCCGUCGGCGGCGCCCAAGGCGGUCGAGAACUUCACCACCCACGCCCGCGCCGGGUACUACAACAACACGAUCUUCCACCGCGUGAUUCGCAAGUUCAUGAUCCAGGGCGGCGACCCGCUCGGCGACGGCACCGGCGGCGAGUCCAUCUGGGGCGGCGAGUUCGAGGACGAGUUCUCCAGCCUCAAGCACGACAAGCCCUACACCCUGUCCAUGGCCAACGCGGGGCCCAACACGAACGGCAGCCAGUUCUUCAUCACCACCGAGAAGACCCCCUGGCUGGACGGCAAGCAUACCGUCUUCGGGCGCGCCGUGCAGGGCCUCGACGUCGUGCAUAAGAUCGAGAACACCAAGACCUACAAGGAGAAGCCCGAGCAGGAUAUCAAGAUCGUGAGUAUCACGGUGUCGUAAGUUGACAGAGAGGAGAUACUACCGCUAGCGCUCUUGUUGAUGUUGUUAUUUCUUUUCCCCUUCCGCAGGGCCUUGGGUCACUAUGACUGGGUUCGCUGUACAUCUAGACUUAUAUCCGUCAUCAGCCAUCGGGCAGCUUUGUAUGAAUCACGACUUAUUUUUAAUCAUAGCAUAUUCAUCC